AUGCCCAGGAUAUCUUUAUCGUCAUCGCAAAGACGAAUUCAAUCCUUGGUUCUUAUCUGUUCUGUCUUGCCAAAACUUGUUAUCGCUUUGCCGACUGCUCUUAUAGACUCAUGGAAUGAAUCGGAUAGAUUUCAGCUGACAAAAAAUGCUCCAGUAAUAGAGCAGCCGAUCACGCUGGCCGAAUGGUGGUCUGCUUUUAUCCUUUCAAUGUUCUUGGUUGUAUUAGGGGGGAUUUUUGCCGGUUUAACCUUAGCGUUAAUGGGACAAGAUGAGGUGAAUUUGAAGGUUAUCGAAAGUUCUGGAGAACUACAUGAACGUAAAGCCGCUAGAGUUGUUUUGCGCCUUCUCAAUAGAAGUAAGCACUGGGUGCUUGUCACAUUAUUGCUAUCUAAUGUCAUCACCAACGAAACCUUGCCGAUUAUUUUGCAUAAAUGUACCGGCAGUGGGUUUUCUGCAGUAUUGAGCUCUACUGUGGCGAUUGUUGUCUUUGGUGAAGUUAUCCCUCAAUCUUUAUGCGCUAGAUACGGCUUGGAAAUCGGGUCAUUCUUUGCUCCUUUUGUAUUGGGAUUGAUGUAUGUGCUAUACCCAGUGGCCUACCCAACAGCAUUAUUAUUGGAUAAGGCCCUCGGGGAAGAUCACGGAACUGUUUAUAAAAAAGCUGGCCUUAAAACAUUUGUGACGUUACAUCAAACCAUGGGGGUUGAAAGAUUAAGUACCGAUGAAGUCACGAUUAUUUCCUCGGUUUUGGAUUUGAAAGAAAAGAAAGUGGGGGCAAUCAUGACCCCAAUCGAUGAUGUUUUCACUUUAUCUUCGGAUAGCGUAUUGGAUGAAGCUAUGGUUGCUAAAAUUUUCAACAAUGGGUUCAGUAGAAUUCCAAUACACAUUCCCGGACAACCAAGAAAUUUUAUUGGGAUGCUAUUGGUGAGAAUUUUGAUUAAUUAUGAUCCAGAAGACGCUUUGCCAGUUUCAGAAUUCCCGUUGGCCACCUUGCCAGAGACCCCUCCAGAUACCACUUGUUUGAAUAUUUUGAAUUAUUUCCAAGAAGGGAGGUCUCAUAUGGUUGUUGUCAGUGCUGAACCAGGGAGUGUGGAAGGAGCAAUUGGUAUAUUGACAUUGGAAGAUGUUAUUGAAGAGUUAAUUGGAGAAGAAAUUGUGGAUGAAAGUGAUGUAUUUAUUGAUAUUCAUAAUGCUAUUAAGAGAAAAAAUCCAGGUCCAUUGAGUAAGAAGCAUGUCACCCAAUAUUUCCACCGUCUAGUUAACGAUAGUUGGAAAUUGACUAAUGAGGACAAUGAACAUUUAGUAUCUUUAAAGCCUGAGGGAGCCAUAAAUUACGGAAGCAUUGUGCAAGAAAGUGAUUUAGAACCGCAUGACUCUCAAGCUUUGAAGCACACUGAUAGUAAUCACAUUGUUGUUACUAAUGGGGAAGGGGAUACUGCAGUGUUGGUGAAAAGACCAAAAGCCAAGAUUCAACCAAAAAAUUUAGCAAGCAAUCCCCUUGGAACCUCAAAGACUUUUGUCACCAUUAAAAGAGGUACGACAUGA